AUGGAACUGAAAUUCGACCCAGAUCCCAUAUCGCAAGAGCAGGAUCCAAGCAUCCUCGAAUGGGCGCGAGCGCAACGUGCCUGCGUAGAUUACGAGACUGAGCUGCUGUAUACUGGCAAUUUCCUGGUGCCAUCAAACGAUGAUUUUGAUCGAUAUCUUCACGAUCCCUCUAAUGCGACCAUCAUUAGUGCCGUCAGCGCACUUAUCAAGGAACGACUUGCAGUGGACAAGAACGCUGCACUACUCCUCAAGGCAGUACAUUCCCUUAGAGAAGUGCCUACAACCGACCCGUCAGCGACUAGCAGCCAAAUGUGGAUACGUGGUCUGAAGCAAGAGCUGCCGGUAUUGCAAUCGGACCAUCAGCUCGAUUUGCUGAGCUUCGGUAAUUUAGCUGUGCCUGACUUCAAAACCUUGCAAAUCCCUUCCGAGGUUACUGUAGAGCAGAACGACGAAGGCUUCGGAUGGCCAACCAAGUACUUCUCCUAUCCUGCACAGUGCGACGCGCAAGUCAAAGCCGAGAAACUCGCUGUCACGAGGGAAGUGUUGGCUUAUCUGCAGGAAGCUAUUCGAGAUGCGUAUAUACCGGAAGAUGGCGAAAAGAUCGAAGCAGAAGGCAUGAUACGAAAACAGGUAGGCAAAGCUCUUGUUAGUAUCCGUUUACUAACUAUGCAGAAAUCGAUCGUCCGGCCUGUCACACCACCAUUGCUCCCACUAUCGCCGCCAGUGACACCUUAUAUUCCAUCCUCACCUGCAAAUCGUCUGCCACUAGCUUCAUAUAGUAGCGACUCGGUCACUGUUGAGGCGCAAGCUUUGCACGACCAGAUCAUGGCGGCGGAUUCUCUGCUUCGCAAGGACUCUGAUAGCAGCGACUCAAUGUUACUCGAUAUCACUAACCCACCCAAUUUCGAUACUGUCUUCGAAGUAUCCACCUUACUCACACUGAAGCGCCGAGCCGAAGAUCUCAAGGUGGAAGGUCCGCUCACGCCACCAAUGUUUUCCACUUCGCCCAUGAGAAAGCUGAAAACUGUGUCUUUCGCAGACACUCUACAUGAGUACAUUCCCUACGAACCAUGGGGUCAAGAUCUAGUGACUGGUGAGGGAAACAAAUCCGGUAUCGAGUCCGACGAGUUCUUUCAAGAAAUCGAGGCCUUGGCGGAGCAAGCGAGGAGGGGAAUCGACCGUGAGCGAUUAUCAGGCGCCGACACGAUUGCGAGAGUGAAUAUUCCUGAAGUUGACUUCUCGCUACCCAUUGCACCAUGGAAUGAGUACAAUCAGCAGAAGGGUGGCAAACAUCGGCCUGGUGGUUCAGAGCUUCAAGCCCAGAUGAAUUUCAUCUCGCGGAUCAAGCGCGAAGACCUAAAGUCGGCGACGUCGUGGCAUGGGCUUUCGGUUCUGGAAAGAGAGUUAAAGUGGGGCUUUCUCAAUACCAAGGUGUCUACUCCAAGCCUCCAAGAGAAGCUUCAUGGCGAGUCUGAAAUGACUAAGAUCAUCACUGAAGCAGAGACCAGUGACUUUGCGACCAGCUCUGCACAGGUAUGGAAGCGUGAAGGUUUGCGUAUUCUUGAUGAAGACGAGAACGAGGAAGAGUUGGAUCCGGAGGAAGACAACGAGCGGUGGGACAUGGAAGCCCUGAUACGCAAGCGAAAGUUAGAAAUGGAAGAAGAGAUGGAAGAAAAGCAUCGAAAGCGGACAUCCGCGCAGAAGUCUGGACACCUACAGAUCCAGCCGCUUAGAGUGAUGCAACAGAGUCAUCAUUUUGAAGGACAAGGACCAGUUCCGAUCUCAACGAUCCGAUCGAAGACGAUGAAUCAUGCCUCUCAGAGACCGCAAGCGCCCAAGGAUGCGAGUGGCGAUCUAAUUUUUGGUGGAUUCUCAGCGUCAACCGCUCUUCAUAAGUUCAUGAAGACGCGGGGAAAGCCCGUAGACCCCGCGAAGGUCAGUACGAGCGAGGCGCCGGAUUUGAAGGGAUAUGCUCGAUCAAGGCAAUCUUCGCACCGGCCAGCGACUCAGGACCAGCAGGCGCAAACGGUCAAUAAGCCACUGCCCACACUGCCCGCCGUUCCAAGCAAUCUAGCGCCUUGCUCUUUCGUGAUAUCGUCGACCUUCCUCCAGCAGCGAAGAAUGCUGAAACAGAUCGAACAAACUUACCCAAAAGCAGAGAUGGUGUAUCGGGACUACACGCUACCGCAUUCAGUAGCCAGAGAAGCCGACAUUAUACUCUCGCCAUCCACAGGACUGAUCUUUACCACUUUACAGCAGGUCAAACAAAGAGCUCUCCCCGGCCAGCCAGAUAGAUCACCAGUGAACGAACGUAUGAUGACUCUUCAAUUACGGUACGAGAGACUGGUGGUCCUAGUGGGCGAAGGCCUAAGCCGUGAAAUGGAAGAGCUGGGAUCAAGUCGGCCGGAUGACCCACGCGAUACAGAGGCACUAAAGGCUUUUGAGGAAUUUGCUAGUAAACUGGAGGGUGAUGUGGUCGUUCGGUAUGUUCGUGGAGGGGAAAAGGCUCUCGCACGCUCCACGGUGGUGGAGAUGGUAAACUAUGGACUGCCACACGGCUCUGUGGACAUUGGCGACAUCAAGCCUAUUGCUCAGGAGACAAGCUGGGAAGUCUUUCUUCGUCGAGUAGGAUUCAACCCAUUCGCUGCUCAGGCGAUCGUGGCGUGGCUCCAAAAGCCCUUGAAUGUGCCGGUAGUUCCUACUCAUCACGCGAAAACCGUGUUAGCCAUCGGUCUACCGCGCUUCAUACUGAUGGAUAGGGAAGAGAGGAUACGUUCGUUCCAGGCACUAAUGGGUGGAAGUAGGGUUCUCAUUACGGCUAGCAAAUUGAUGGAUCAAGCAUGGGUCAGCGCUGUGCAUGGGUUCAGGAUGUGA